AUGAAGAGUACCAAAAAGUCACAUAUCAAGAGUCAUGCUCGCCUGCUAACCUCUGUCAUAAUCCGACAAAAGUCGAUGAUCAUUUUGACACAUCGCCUUCGCCGACGCUGGAAAGCACCUAGCGUCUCUGGCUCUGGAUUGAGGUGGAUAAUUCUGAAUAUUUACGGGAAUAUGCAGUUGACCAUACUUUCAUCUGACUCGAGUGAGCGCGGAGACUCCAACAACAUUACAAGCCACCCGGAAUCAAUCUUGCCUAAUACGAUGAAACUCAUCGAGAACAUUAGGGAAUUCCAUUCGAUCAGGGAUAACUUCGACGAGCCAAAUCACGGAUCCUUCUUGAUCGAGGGUUUACACCUUGCCAUGUACUUCGAAUUGCCUGCCAAGAGGGGAGAAUUGUUGUUGACUGAAGACAACUUCGAGGAAGAGGAAUGCCUCAAUUUCACUAACCCUUCCCAAACCCCCGCAGCCGGCUAUCAGAAGGUUCCACGGUUCAAGACUGAAAGCGUCAUUUUAAUCCACAAUUUGAUGCAAUAUGUGCUAGUUUCCUCGAUUCAUGACGCACUUGAAUCUCGAAUUACACAAAUAUGUAUGCAACAGAUCAUCCUCGCAAAGGAGGCCGAUCCCAUUCAUGAACUCUCGGAUGUGGGAAGUUUCAAUAAUGCUAGAAGGUUAAUUGGAGACAGAAAGGGUCUAAUGUGGCAGUAUUUUGUUUAUACUGCCACACUUGCAGACGUAUAUCAGCCUGCACAAGUUGACUGA